AUGGACAAUUCACCAACCGCUCUGUUCGAAAACUACGAUGAAGACUUCAAGCAGCUCCUGGCGAGUCUGAAGGGCAAGCUGGAGGGGGAUGUCAAGCAGCUGAAAGGUGAACAACGAAAAGCUGCUCUUAAAAAGGUGUCAGAAGAGCUUGACGAGGCUGAGGAGAUUGUCGCUCAAAUGGAAGUCGAACUCCCCUCCAUGCCCGUAUCGAUCAGACAGACAUACCAGGGUCGUCUAGCAACAUCGAAACAAGGUUUAGAGAAGGUCAAGAAAACUUUGCGAGAUGUUCGAUCGGAAAACCAACGUAGCGAAUUGCUAUCUGGUCCAGGUGGUUUCCCCAAUUCUGAUGACCCAUAUACCGAUGAGCCUUCAGCAUACUCUGCUCGUACACGACUUCUACAAGGCACGGAAACCUUGGCGGAUGGCUCAAGAAGAUUAGACAACGCUCAUAGGAUCGCUUUGGAGACUGAAGAUGUUGGAGGUGAGAUUUUGAGGAAUCUAAGAGGUCAAAGAGAACAGAUUGAACAUACCAGAGAUACUCUCGUACAAGCCGAUUCCUCUAUCGAUCGUGCUGCAGGUACUCUCAAAAAGAUGAUCUUCAAGAUGUAUCAACAAAAAUUCCUUUCAGCGGGUAUCAUCAUCGUCCUUGUCUUACUCAUCUUCAUCGUCUUAUGGUCCAAGCUAUUCAGGUAG